AUGGGUCCUUCCGCUACAUCCGCGGCAGCCCAACAGGAAACACGACGCGGCGAGUGGGACGAUGGUGGAGAUCCCUUGGCGACCAAGGAGAAACCGCCCAUGUCCGCCUCGCCUCCUCGCGUCCUUAUCAUCGGUGCGGGCUCCCGUGGUCGCACCUAUGCCGAGACCACAGAAACCGCGAGCAACGGCAUCGUUGUCGGUGUGGUUGAGCCCGAUACCUACAAGCGCAACGACCUCGGCUUCCGGCACAUCUGGGGUGCCAAUGGUCGUUCGGAGCCCGCCGAGGGCGAGUCGUUUGCCGACUGGCAGGACUUUGUCACCUACGAGAAACAACGCCGACAGCGCGCGGCGGCGGGUGAAGCGAAUGUGCCCGAAGCCGUGGACGCCGUCUUCAUCUGCGUGCAGGACGAGAUGCACCGGGCAGUGAUUGAGGCCAUGGUGGGACUGGGCGGCUUGCACAUUAUGUGCGAGAAGCCGCUGGCCACGUCCAUCGAAGACUGUGCGGCCAUCCACCGGGCGCUCAAGGCGAAUGCGGCCGACGGCUCGGGCAACUUUGGCAGCAAGCACGUUUUCUCCAUUGGCCACGUGCUGCGCUACAGCCCCCACAACGUAUUGCUGCGCAAGCUGCUGCUCGAGGAUCGUGUCAUUGGCGACGUCCUCAGCGUGGUGCACACGGAGCCCGUGGGCUGGUGGCACUUCACACACAGCUAUGUGCGCGGUAACUGGCGUCGCGAGAAAACAUCGGCGCCGAGUUUGCUGACAAAGAGCUGCCACGACAUUGACGUGCUGCUGUGGCUGCUGUGCUCGCCCGCAUCGUACACGUCGGGGUCCCAGGUCCCGCAUUUGCCGUCGACCGUGUCUUCGUCUGGCAGCUUACAACUCUUCCGCAAGAGCCGCAAGCCCGUGGCAGCUGGCAGUGCGACCAACUGCCUUUCGUGCCCAGCCGAGCCUGACUGCAAGUAUUCGGCCAAGCGUAUCUAUGUGGGCGACCAGCUGCGCGGCCUGGGUGCCGGCAACAAGCGCUGGCCGGUGUCGAUUGUGCUGCCAGACAUUGAAGACUUCGCCUCCCAGGGUGGACACGCCGCUGCACAGGAGGCACUGCUCAAGACACUCUCCGAGGACUACGGUCCAGAGACACCCGACAGCGAGGUGGCCAAGCGCAACUGGUUUGGCCGGUGCGUGUUUGAGAGCGACAACGACGUGUGCGACGAUCAGGUGGUGACCGUGACGUGGGACGAAGACCCGCUGCUGAAGGAUGGUGGUUCCGACGCGGCAGUCACCUCUGCCAACCCCGUCGCCGAUCGGUUGCAGCACCGGGGCGCCAAGACGGCCACGUUCCACAUGGUGGCCCAAACAAAAAAGCUAUGCGAUCGGUAUACGAACCUCUACGGUGUGGACGGCGAGAUCUAUGCCGACCAAGAGACGAUCACUGUAGAGGACUUCAAGACAGGUUUAAAAACGGUGCACCGGCCACCAAUGGAAAGCAAGGGACAUGGCGGUGGCGAUGCCGGCUUGACACGGCAGUUUAUUCUGGCGGUUGACCAGGUCAAGAACCACGGGUGUGUUCCGGAGAAGGCGCAGCGCGAGAUUAUCGGGUGCACGAUGGAGGAGAUUAUUCGCAGCCAUGCUCUCGUAUUCUGCGCCGAAGCGGCACGGAACGGCAAGACUGUCGUGGACUGGGCGCCGUGGUGGGAGAAGGAGGUCGAGAGCCAUCUUGCUUGA